AUGUCGACGGAUACAAUGUAUUUCAAUAGUUCCCGGCUCAUGUCUAUGCCUGGGAAAAAUAGUACAAGCUAUCUUCAAAAGCCGGAGAAAAAAGCGUUGAAAAAUGCUAAAAUGAACAAAUAUCGACAAGAAAAGAACGGAUCAGAGCCGAUUCCUGCGGCUCAGACGCUCCCAAAUGGUCAGAAACCUGAUUUUGGUAAUUCUGGCCGGAAAAAACCGAACGACGAGCGGCGUCAUGCAGGCAAUGGCGGUCGUGGCCGUCGAGGCAAUAAAAAUAACAGCAGACGAGCGCCAGAUACUGCCGAUGAACUUACACGCGACUUCAAAGAGUUUCUUUCUGUUGAGGAUGGAGACCAGACUGCAAAGAGAGGAGAAGGCCACCCUGGGGACGGUGGUGGUAGUGGUGUCCGGGUCAACAAUGCAAUCUCGGGUAGGACUGCCUUGAAAAGUCCCAAAGAGUGUCCCAACGACCAACAGACAACGUUGCAGAACCCGCAUUUUCCUGUCAAGACUCCUACUCUUCAGGCGCAGCCCCUACCUCUACCCUCUCAAGGGUACCCGCCGGUUCACUAUUCACCUGCAGUGUCGCCCAUGCCUUAUUUUAACCCUCCUCCUUUGAGUGCCUCGUCGAUUCCGAAUCAGCCUGGGCUUUUCCAACAAGAGUUCCAACAUCAACAGCAAUGCUAUAAAAUGCACAACGGAUACCCUCCUUGGAACUAUCAGCCCAAUUACGCAUUGACCAGCGGAGCCUUACCGUCGUUUACGGCUCCGCAAUCGGCGCUGAUGGGCAUUCCUAACACGGUGCCUCCAAACUACUUCACUUUCCCAGCGCCUCCUAUGCAGGUGCCCAAGCAGCUUCCUGACAACGCGUCCUCUUUCUCAGAGUCGAGUCCUAACACGACGCCAAUGCAAACCCGGUCGCAGUCGUCGAGAUCUUCAAGUGGAAGUGCGCCUGAGUACAAGAGAUCACCUAGUGGUUUCAAAAACCACGUGCAACCUAACACUACUGCUGGGGGCAAGAAGACAAGAAAGUCGAGCGGUGGUAAUGGCAACAGUCGGUCUGGCUACGCGGGCGCUUCGUUUGCCACGAGCUUGCCAGAAGUAGCGACUUUGCCUAAACCAAGUUUCGCAUGA